CUUUCAUGGAAACCUCAUUUCAACAUCUGAGCUGUUCGGUUGCAUGAACAGUGAGGCCUGUGCUUGAUUCUCAGCUUAAAAUAAAUAAGCAAAGACUCUCAAAGAUACACCAAGUGCAGAGAUGCUGGCUGUACUCCUCAUCAUUGGGGGAUUAAUUCCUCUAAUCCAUGCAGAAGAUUUUCCACCUAGCUUGCUAUCAGUCGAAGACAAAGUUAUCACAGGCCAAUUCUUCGACUCGCUGAUGCUAAGAUUGCCUUCGUGUUUCUACGCUGGCCAGAGCGUGGACCUGGAGUACCUGAAUUGCGACACCAAUCAAAGCUACAUCCAGUCCAACGUUUUCACGGUUCCAAGCUGUGGCAGCAGGAGUGACCCAAAAGGAUCGACUGUAUUAAGCCGAAACAUGGGAUACCAGCUGAUGAACCUCAAAAAUGGCACGCAGUACAAGAUUACCUAUAAGAUUGGAAACCUCAGUAGCAGCUCUGUGAUUGCAACUACAAGAACAGCUGCUAACUACAACGAUAUCAAUCUAAGCUUCCCAGGACGCAGUGCAGCGAUGUUGGUGAUCACAGUCCUUCUGUCCGUGGCUAUGUUUAUCCUGCUAAUCAGUAUCAUCACCAGUGUGUUCGUGUCCCCUACUGAACAGUAAAAACUCACUUCACUUUCAGAAAUCAAGUCUUAAUUGUGUUUGAGCACUGCAAUAUGUGGUGUUCAAAAGCUUCUGACUGGCAGUGUACGGGGUCAUUCUAUAUCAUUUCUUUCUUAACACAAAAUCAACAAUUA